CUGACCUGCAACACGGUUGUUGUUGUUGUUUUGCUGGGAAUUGACGUUGGCGCACUCUCCUCUCGACUGAGCGGCCUAAUCCAGCUGAGACUACAAUUCCCAGCCUGCACCGGCCCUGGCCGACUGUGGCACUGACAACAGGACAAAAUGAGUGGAGAGGAAAAAACUAUCCCUGAUGUAUCUGAAGACAAGAUUGAUGAAGAUGAGGAAACCAUCACAGCUGUUGCUCCAACUAUAGAUCUCCAAGAGGAGCAAACUGUAGAUGUGACUACCAGUCCUGCUUUUCAGUGCUUGGAUGAAUUAUUUUCUGCUGGAAAAAUUGCAGGAACCCAAAUUGGCUAUUUGAAAUCCAAAUACAUGUCAUUGCACGAGGCUUUAAAAAGGACACAGGAGUCUGAGAUCAAAUUAUUGAAGGAUAUUAAGUUCUUCACUGCUGAAUUAGAGCACCAAAGGCAGGAGCUUGAAAAAGGUGAACAGUUUCCUGAGAGCUACAAUACAGAUGUCAACAAACUGAGACAGCAGCUGCUUCAUUUUCAGAAUGACCUCAACCAGACAGAAGAGCGCAUUGCUCAACAGAAGAACAGAGCUAUUUAUUUAGAAGAAGAACUGGUGAUGUUUAAAAAAGACUUUGAGAGACUACCAAAAGCUGCAGAUUUUGAAAGGAAGACUAAAGCGCUAAAAGAGAGUUGCAUUGAACUAAAGCGAGAUAUUACACAGAGGAAACGUGAAAUAAAAAUGUCUAAAGAAGAACUAGAAAACAAAAUUGAAGAGAUGCAAAAUUCGCAAAAGGAGUUGGAAAAGAAAAUAGAGAGUGAAGCACAUUUGAAGCUCGAUCUGGUCCAACUGCACACCAUUCCUAGCCAACUGGCCAAAGAUAUACAGAAAAUGAACCGCAAGCGCAACAAUUUGGAGAAGACAAAAGUUGAAAUAGAUGUGCAACACAAGGAACUUCUCAAUUCUGUACAACAAAUAGAGCACAAAUGCAGAAUAAUAGAAGCUGAAAAAUUGGAAGUAAUGAAAGAAUUAGAUGAAAGAAGAGUUUUACUGGACAAUAAGGAGCAAGACUGCAACCAGUCGAUUAAGCUGAUUGAGUUGGGGAAAGAGAAUGAAUCAGCAUUAAUGGGAGAAAGAGCUUCCUUGGACUUGCAGCUACGUUACAUCCAAACUGAAAAGAAAAUAAAGUCUGAUACAGUGACAUUAAAACAAAGAGAGAAGGAACAAGAGCUACGAAAAAUUAAAAAAAAAGAGAUGCAGUUGAAGAUUGCACUUGAUUCACUUUCAUAUGUUGAAUUUGUCCAUGAAAAGGUCAAAUCACAGGUGGAUUCUUUCUCUCAUGGUGGGUCAUUGUUAGAAAGAAGAACUGAGUUGGAAAAUGAAGUUAAAAGUCUCAAAAGAAAGCUAGCAGACCAGCUUUCAUUGACUGAACUAGAGGCUCAACUGUUGCGUAAACGAAUGCUUGAAGAAGAUAAUCUCAUUGCAGAACAAAGACGUGCCCGUGAAGAAGUUGUAAAUUUAACCCGCCUUGCUCAGAUCAGAUCUGAUGAGAGAGAUCAAAAAGCAAGGGAUCUAAUGAAUAUUCAGCAAAAACGUGAUCGAACGAUAGAGGAGUUGAAAGCGGAGAAACUAGGUUUAUAUGAUUCCAAGAAGAAGCAUAAGCAGAUGCUCAUUAGCUUAAAGAAUUUUGUUAAAAUAUAUCAGAUCAUCAAAAAUGAGCGAAACAAGUAUGUUAAUCUCAUACAAAGUGCAGCACAGGUAUCUGCAGAAAUGCGUGAAAAGAUCAAGAUUCUACAGAAUGAAACAGAAAUUCUUAGGACCACUACACUGCUCAAAGACAGUCAACUACAAAAAUAUAAGCUAAAACAUUCGAACAGCUAUGUCAUCAGGGACAGCCUGAGGAGGGCAAUUUGCAAAAUAGACCAAGUACUUCGAGAAAUGGGAGAAAAGAGAGAAGGACAAAAGAUAAAAAUUGUCAAAUUUAGUAGUCUGAUUAACCAGGCUGAAGAGGAAAUGAUAAAGCUACGAAAAAAAUAUGAGUCUGUUGUUCAGAAUCGCAAUGAAAGAGGAAUACAAUUGAUUGAACGGGAAGAAGAAGUUUGUAUUUUUUAUGAGAAGUUAAGCAUUCAGGAUUCAUUGAUUAGUAAUGGAGAUGUGGAAUUACAUAGCACUGAGGAGGAAAUAAGAUUUUUAAAAAUUCAACUGGCAGAAGAAACAAGAAAGAUUCAAAAUUUGCGCAAAGAUGUACCAUGUAAACAGGAAAUGGAGACAAACUUGACUGCAUUACAUAAAGAGUUUGCUCAGUGUCAAGACAAAGUCCAAAGUCUUGAGAAGAUGUUAAUGGACCCUACAAGUGAGAACAGAGCACGGAUAUUGGGAGGAGAUGAUCCAUCCUUUGAAGAAGUAAACAAAAGAGUAAAUGAGAUGGAGCUGAAACUGGCAAGAAAGGAGGAACAAUUAUUGGAAAAAGAUCUCAUCCUUGAACAGGUGGCCCGCCUCACUGAACAAAUUAGUGUCAAAGUAAUGAAUGGCAAACAGGAUACACUGGCCUUAGCUAAGAAGGUGAAUGAAAUUCAAGGAAAGAUUAAGGAUGUUACACGGAAGAUGAUGGCUGUGGUCUCAGAGCUGUCUAUGCAACAGGCCAAUGCAAUGCAACUCCAACAGAAUGUUAGGGAUAAACAGCAGUUCUUGGAGUCAUGCCACCUACGAAUGGAGCAGGGACUGGCACCCAGUGAGGAAUUUGAAAACGAGUGGCUGAAAAUACUGGACAAAGAAAAGAGACACAAACUGGAGAUUAAGAUGAAAUCCAAGGAAGCUGAAGAGGAGGAGAAGCAUAUAUUGCCCAGUGGAGGCUACACAACGGCUGAGCCAAGGCCAAAUGCAUAUAUCCCGGAUUCUGACUCUGGACUACCUCUUCCGCGCCCUUAUGGAAAAAUGGUUCCUUUUAAACCCAAUGAACCCAGUGCACACAUGCGACAUUAUAGAAAGCCAGUAAUUAAACCAAUUGAAAUCUGAUGUUAACUGUACUCAGUCAUAUUAAUAGUAAUAAAGUCUAUCUAUAAGGCAGCACAAUACAGUGCUCAUUAAAAAGAUGUACAUAUGGUGUAUGUUUUUGCAAAAUCUGCUAGAUAAUCAUAUCUAUUUUUAGAUUAAUCAUUAUAAACUCAUUCAGAUAUUACAAACUCUUAGCACACAGAAAUUAGUUUUCCAAGUUAUUUUAAUGUACUUUGAUAAAAAUACAACUGAAAAUGCUGCACUAGAUGCAAAUUGCCAAUAGACAAAACUUAAUUCAUGUGCUACAAAUAUAUAAUUGCAGUGGUACGUGGUCAAUCUUUACUAAAUUACUGUGCCAUGUUUUACAGAACUGUUAAUGAAUAGAAUACAUAACUCAUUUGCAUGCUAAACAAUUAAAUCCUUAACAUACGACAUGUAUUUUGUUACUCAAGCGAGUUUUGUAUCAAAGUUGCAUAUUUUCUCUAAUUAAUCUUUAUAACAAAAUAAAGUGUUAACAGAAUUUUGGUAAUUUUGCCCGUUUUUUUGUCAGUCCCAUUUCGGUAAAUUACAAAUCUCAGUGAAAUAUGCAUUAAGAAAUUAAAUCAGAUUUUCAGAAAUACCAAAUAAUUGAAGAAAAACACUAAUUCACAAUGAACAGAGGUUGGUGGGAAGAUUAUCUUGACGAAAACAAGAAAAUGAUGGAAACACUCAAUAGGUCAGUUACCAUCAAAGAGAAACAGAGUUAAUGUUUCAAGUCAAAGAUCCUUCAUCACAACUGGGAAAGAGAAGACGUUAGUUUUCAACUGCAAAGAAAUUGGGGGGGGGGGGGGGGGGGGGGGGGGGU